AUGAAGCUCGGAGGAAUUGCGCCCCUCGAGGCGUCCGAGGACAAGAGGCGCAGUGGGAAACAAGGUCUUGUAUUCGUGCUUCCCCCCUGGGAGACAUGGAUCAGGUACGUCAUGGAGGAGGCGGAGGCCGCUAUCCAGACGUACGACAACAGCGAAUUGGACGCCGCACUCGCCGACGGAGCGACCCAGCGCAUCUUCACUGACGGCAGCGGAUGCGCUGGACUCGUGGGUGCAUCUGCAGUGGGCCCAAGGAGCUCGGACUGGCAGCAACGACACCUUGGAUCGCUGGAGUAUUCCAAUGUGUACGCUGCGGAGCUCGCGGGCAUCGAAAUGGGACUUGAACGACUGGGAAACCGACGGAACCAACAGGAUGAGGACAAUCACCUGUAA